GAAGGCAGCAAUGGCGGACACGCCUUUAAAGAAAACCGGAAACUCUUUUUUGAGGGAGUAGUAGAGAGCAAUCUAGCUACCGUCAACGAAUUAUUUUUUUUAAAGUUUCAUAUUAUUCGUUAUUAGGACGAAGUCUCUCCACAUCUCUACAAUGUCGGGUUCAUCCAACGUCGUAACGAUGAAGAAAAUCGUCCAGCAGUUACGCCUUGAAGCCGGCAUUAACAGAGUUAAGGUGUCCCAGGCCGCCGCGGACCUGCAGCAGUUCUGCCUUCAGAACGCCCAGCAGGACCCCCUGCUCACCGGCAUGUCGUCCAGCAACAACCCGUUCAGACCACAGAAAGUCUGCUCCUUCCUAUAGCACGCGCAGACCGACCCUCCGCCUCUGUUUUGGACAUGGUGGUUCCUCGUGGAACUGGGCUGCAGGAUCCUGAAUCAUGGACUGGAAUUGUCUCAGGAGUGUUAGGGAAUUUGGGGACAAACAACUAACUUAAGAAAUUUUUUUUUUUUUUUUUUUUUUACUUUUGCCUAUGGAAAGAUUUCCAGGUGCUUAGGUGGCACAAUAGAUGUCUUAAUCUACUUGCUUUAAAGUAACUAACCCAUAUCAACACACAUGUGCCUUUUGAAUUGUACAUUCUUCAUGACUGAUUUUCAGAAAGAAUUAAUUGUAUUUACACAUUUUAACUUUUAUUAAAAUGAGUAUACACACA